AUGUUCGAAUUUAAAGCACUAAUAAAAGAUGAAAAAAGUCAUUUAAUAAGUGAAUUAAAAAGUUUACUAAAAAUUAUUCCACAUCGAGCAUUACAAAAUUAUUCAAAUAUUCAUCGUGAAUUUCUUGAAUUAUGCCAUACUGUUGUUAAACAUACACUUCAUGUGGAUACAAAUAGUUCUUUCAAAUAUGAUGCACGUAUAACAAAAAUAAAACAACUUAUAACAAUUAAAACUAAAGUUUUUGAUGAUUUAAUUCAAUUAAAUCCGACUAUUGAUAAUGAAAAUCGAGAACGAACAAGUUCAUCAACAGUCAAUACUAGUACACAAGAUGAAGUCACAGACAAAACAACAAAAGUUACGGAAGAACGAAAUAAAUAUGCUGUUGAAAUUUGCAACCGAAUUCGUGAUAAACUUGAUGGUUCAGAUCCUGAUCCGUUAACUCAAAGUUCUAUUAGUGAACAAGUUCGUUACACUGUUCGUGAAGCAACAGAUAUCGAAAAUUUAGCAACACUUUAUGAAGGAUGGACAUCAUGGGUAUGAAAAGAUGCAUAACGAUCAUUGUGGUUCUAAUAAAAGAAAAAAGGUUAAAUGAAUCAAGAAGGAAGUAUUCAAUGGCAAAAAUCAUUUACUCAGAAUUAACUAUUGUAAACAGAAAUAAGUUUAUAUGACACCGUAUAAUGAUUGGUUUUUUCUUGAUUCUUAUCAUCAAUCAGUUUUAUUUUAUUUUCUGUGGUCGAAGUGUCGAAGUUCGAAUGGAUAUUUUUCUUUUUCUUUUUCGAAAUCACCGAAUAUUUGUCGCUGUCAUUCAAAACAAAAACAAUAAACUAGAACUAUUCCUUUGAAACGAUUUGUAUUAAAAACAUAGUUCAUGAUGCUUGUUCCAAAUUAAACUCUUGACGUACAUGUUCAUGACAUAUGAAGGCUGUAUAUCUCCUUAUUAAAAUCAAAUUGACAGUUCUAAUGAUGAUGGAAGUGUUAAAGUUACUUCAGCCAUCGAUAGAUAAAUGAGAAAGCAUAGUGGUACACAUAUCAAUAUAUCUUCAAUUGGAAUCCGUAGAAGACAAUGAUAAUGAUAUUACUUUCUUGAGGGUGUAGAUGUGGGUGCGGGUGUGUGGUAGUGGCUAUGGUUGCGAAUGAUGUUCUUCUUGUCUUCACACCCACACCCACUUAUAUCAAAUGCAUUCGAUGCACUUGAUAGAAUACGUUUUCUAGCUCUUACUGGGUUAGGUCCCGUUUCGUCGAAACAUUAAUUGAUUUUCCCGUUUCGUCGAAAAUAAAUUUUUCUUUCAUUCCCGUUUCGUCGAAAAUGAAAAAUCGACUGUUCCCGUUUCGUCGAAAAGAUAAAUCCUAAUUAAUCAAGGAAGAAUACAUUAUAUCACUUGAUGAGAUUUUUUCGUCAUUCUAAUCAAGAGUAUUGCCUUUAUAGUUGUAGAUAGACUUACGAAAAGAAAUUAAUAAUAUAGCAGAUUAAGAUACAUAAAUAAGAAAUUAUUAAGAGAAAAUAUACACAGAGAAAAGACAAAGUCAAUAUUUUUUUAUUCCGAUUAAUCGCAUUACUUUUUCAAGAUAUCAGCCAAAACGGCUAACGGUCAACCAACAUGAUUGAAGUAGAAGUUGUUUUGUUUUCAAAACAAACUAUACUAUCUUGUAAAACACACUUUUCUGCAUAAGAAACGCUAUUUUGAUUGGU